CUUCUUCGGCACGGAGCCGCGAGCUCCCGUGUCCGUGCCCCUCCUUAUUUUGCCGCCUCCUCUUCCUCUCUUCGGUGCCGUGCUUCGACUCCGCCACCUCCCGCGAUGCCGCCCCCCCCUUGGCCUUCCGCCUCCGCCAUGGCCACCCACUGGAUUACCGACGCCCUCGCCGGUGACGACUCCAUCGAGUUCUCCAUGCUCCAGGCGCUGCUGAGGGACUCGUCGGAGCCCUUCGCGGGCGCCCCGGAGGCCGUGCAUGAGCGGCUCGCGCUCCGGUCUCUGCAGGAGCUGUCGUCGCUGAUACCCGCCGGGGGUGAUGCCGCGCCGGCGACGGCACGUGUGCUUAGGGUUGAUGGCGCCCGGUCGUGCAAGGACGUGUUCUUUCGGCUUGCCACAGAGAUUGAAAUUUCUGGAAAAUUUAAGAAGGAUUUGCUUCCACCUUACCGUCAAGACAUCCAGGAAACCAUACGUACAAAAAAAAUUACAUUACCAGAAACUUUGUUAAAAGGAGUUGACGCAUGGAUCACAUCUAUGACCCCACAUUCCCAAUCGGAGCACAAUGGCACUGCUGAUCAGUCCCUGCAAAACAGCCAUGGAUGUGUAAAUAUAGUGAAGCCUGUGUUCCCUACAGACAAUGCUGAGGUUCAGCAAGAGACUAUGACAAAUUCAAUCAAUGAAGGUGAAACAGGAAAUCUCCAAAAGGAUUCGUCUGUACCAACUUCUGUUCUUCACCAACCAUGUACACCCAAAAGUAGGUCUUACGUCCCUCUGCAAGAAGAUACUAUGGAUGCUGUUGGUUUAGGCGCUAGGUCCCGAAAAAGGAGUCUUAUUGUGGAGGGGAACAUGUCAGUUGGAUUUGUGCUUGCUUCAGCUGGCUGUGAUACACCUUUGCAGGGAAGCAUUAUUGAGUCCUUUUCCCAGUUUGAUAAACAUGAUCAUACUGCUACAGUUGAACCAAAAUCUCGUAGACAAAAAUCUCCAAAUCUACCUCACUGUGCCGAUGAGGGGGCAGAUGAUGGUGGCUCCAGCAAUCAGUCAUCUAAGGUUUCCAGUCAUGAAGGACUGAGCGCUCAUGCCACAGUAACUCCAGGUUUUGACAGAAUCAGCGAUGUCUUACCGACAGAUGCAUCUGAACCUGGACAUUUGCCUGAGUGCAUAACCGCACAGGAUACAACCAUGAUUUCACAGCCUGUUUGCAGGAAAGCUCAUCUGAGUGCUCUGCAACAUGAAAGGGGUGAGAAAGUAAACCAAGAUCUGGAAGAUGUCUCUGCAAGUACUCGGCCACUGGAAGAGGACCACGUUCAUGGGGAUCUGACUUUGCAAUCUCCUAGUGCUUUACUUUCUGUAAGCUGCAAUGGUGCUAAUCAAGGAAGUAAGUCUGGGACCAAUCUUCAACCAGGGACUGCUACAGAGGAUAGUAUGGCUUUUGAAGAGCAGAAUGCAGACAAGUCUUGCUUAGAAUUCACUGGUGCCAACAAGGAUCCAGAGAAAAAGCAGCAUGCGGGAGACAAAGGUCUUGUUUGGUUUCCUCCGGUUGAUGAGGCUGACCAGGAGGAUAGUCUUACAGCUUCUAACCAAUCUGGUGGCAAGCGAUCAUCACCCCCUUCGCGUAAUAUGAGACACAGCAAAAAAAUGUUGCAAGAAAAGGAGUCAGCUGUACCAAGUAAAUCUGGAAAAGGUAUUGCAAAGCAGGAUCAACACAUGCCUACUUCACCAAGGAAAAGAAGUUAUGUACGCCCGCAAAAGCGCUACUCCAAUCCUCUUGCACCAAAUAGUAGACGCAAAAGAGUCAAUUGGACAAAAGAAGAAGAAGCUAUUUUGAGGGAAGCGAUGGAAAAAUUCACUCCACAGGAUGAUGCGCGAAUUCCAUGGAUUCAGAUACGAGAAUAUGGCCGUCAUGUGUUUCACGAGGAGCGCCUGCCAGAUGAUUUGAGGGUCAAGUGGAGGAGCAUGAAGGGCAAGGAGCUGGCAGGCUAUUGAUGCUGGCAAUCUUACAGGAAUGUAGCCGUUGUAGCCUUUAUCUCUUUUGAGUCCACAUGGAACACUGAUGUGGUACUUGUAGAUAGCGAAUGUGCUAACUCCUCACUGCAAGUAGGAAUGGAGGGUUUCUUUUAACUAGGAUGUUGAUGCUUGGUAAGGGACAUAUAUGUGUCAAGCAUGAAGCAUCUAUCAAAUGUCUGUGUACCUUUUGGCCGUGGUAUCACGACAAUUAUCACAGACUAGGUAUCACGACAAUUAUCACAGACUAUAAUAUCUUGCUGUUGCAGUUUAGAUGAGAUUAUGUAUGUAAACAUGAUUAUUAUGAGAAGGGCUAGUACGUUUGGAGAGAA